CUUGGCAGUCGGGGCGGCUCGGAAGGAGCUCUCCCGGAGCCGGAGUCGGGAGCUAGGCUGGCGGAGCUGGGCUGCAGGAGCUCGGCCGCGCCUGGUGUUGGAGUUCCUCAGGUCCUGACUGAAGCACUUGAAGUAGCUUAUCUGCCAGCUCUCCCUCCCUGCUUGCUUGCAGAGACCCCGUGUGUCAUUGCGUGCCUCAGCUGGAUCGAGGACUGCACCUCUCUGUCAUAAUCCCACUACGUAUCUAUCUAUGGAACACUAUAGACACUAAUAUCUACAAAGGUUGUCUUACUAAGCCCUGAGGAGCCCGGGGGCCACUGCUACCAUGACGACCGCCAUCCUGGAGCGCCUGAGCACCCUGUCUGUGAGCGGGCAGCAGCUGCGCCGUCUGCCCAAGAUUCUGGAAGAAGGGCUCCCCAAGAUGCCAUGCACCGUUCCAGAAACCGACGUGCCCCAGCUCUUUAGGGAGCCGUACAUCCACGCGGGCUACCGCCCCACGGGGCACGAGUGGCGUUACUACUUCUUCAGCCUCUUUCAGAAGCACAACGAGGUGGUCAAUGUCUGGACCCACUUGCUGGCGGCCCUGGCAGUCCUUUUGAGAUUCUGGGCCUUUGUGGAGGCAGGGGCAUUGCAGUGGGCCUCCCCCCACACCCUACCCCUGCUCCUCUUUAUCCUGUCGUCAAUCACUUACCUCACCUGCAGCCUCUUGGCCCACCUGCUGCAGUCCAAAUCAGAGCUGUCCCACUACACUUUUUACUUUGUAGACUACGUCGGGGUCAGCGUCUACCAGUAUGGCAGCGCAUUGGCUCACUUUUUCUAUAGCUCCGACCAGGCCUGGUAUGAGCGGUUCUGGCUUUUCUUCCUACCGGCGGCGGCUUUCUGUGGCUGGCUAUCCUGCGCUGGCUGUUGCUACGCCAAGUAUCGCUACCGACGGCCUUAUCCAGUUAUGCGGAAGAUCUGUCAAGUGGUACCAGCAGGGCUGGCCUUCGUCCUAGACAUCAGCCCCGUGGCACACCGCGUGGCUCUCUGCCACCUGGCCGGUUGCCAGGAGCAGGCAGCCUGGUACCACACCCUCCAGAUCCUCUUCUUCCUUGUCAGCGCGUACUUCUUCUCAUGUCCUGUACCGGAGAAGUACUUCCCCGGUUCCUGUGACAUUGUGGGUCAUGGACAUCAAAUCUUCCACGCCUUCCUUUCCAUCUGCACGCUCUCUCAGCUGGAGGCCAUUCUUCUGGAUUACCAGGGACGCCAUGAAAUCUUCCUCCAGCGCCAUGGUCCCCUGUCUGUCUACACAGCCUGUCUCUCCUUUUUCUUUUUAGCUGCAUGCAGUGGGGCCACCGCCUCACUUCUGAGGCACAAGGUCAAGGACAGACUGAUUAAGAAAGACUCCUGAGGUCAGCAAAUGAGGAAAGGUGUGGAGGUGGGGUUACUGUGACUUGGAGAAAACUUGACCCAAUAAUAGAAGUUGACUUUUUA